UUGUUUCAGUAAAUUACGUUGUUCCGUCUGCAAAGAAUGAAAAAAGUGUAUUGUCGGCUUUCAUAUUAGCUAAAAUAAAUUUGUCCUUUAAAGCAGAUCGCUUCUGUAAAGUAAAUUUUUUUAAUUUGUUAAACUUCAAAGCACUACUACAUAAAAAUAUUCCAGAAACAAAGUUAAAAUGUCUGAGCUUCAAUCAUCAUUAUUGUUGAAGAAACAAUUGGCAGAACUGAAUAAGAAUCCAGUAGAAGGUUUCUCAGCUGGAUUAAUCGAUGAAAAUGAUAUAUUCCGUUGGGAAGUCCUAAUAAUUGGACCACCAGAUACACUUUAUGAAGGAGGUUUUUUCAAAGCGCAUCUGUACUUUCCUAAAGAGUAUCCACUGCGCCCACCUCGAAUGAAGUUCGUCACAGAAAUUUGGCAUCCAAAUAUUGAAAAGAACGGAGAUGUUUGCAUUUCGAUUUUGCACGAGCCUGGAGAUGACAAAUGGGGUUACGAAAAAGCAUCUGAACGUUGGUUGCCGGUGCACACAGUAGAAACUAUCUUGAUAUCUGUGAUAUCAAUGUUAGCGGAUCCCAACGAUGAGUCUCCAGCAAAUGUUGAUGCAGCCAAGGAAUGGAGAGAAUCCUACACUGAUUUCAAGCGCAAAGUGGCACGUUGUGUUCGAAAAAGCCAGGAGGAGUGUUCGUAGAAGUCGGAUUUGCUCUAUAUUUGUAUAUUUAUAUAAAAAAUUUGAUACAUUAAAAUGAAUAACUGAAUUAAUAGACAUAUAAACUUAA